AUGCCAUGCUUCAAAUCCACCAAGCAGCCAAAGCCUGCAAUAAUAGCCCUGCUCGGCCUGGGAGGCCCCGAGCGAAGCGUGUUCAUCGAGCAAAUCACCGGCAUUAUCCCGGGCUACAGAAACAAGGCCAAUCUCUCGACGACCCGUAUUUUCAAAAGCCAGUUCAACGACAGAGAGCUAUGGUUGCUCGAUACUCCGACGGCCCGGAUCCCCGUCGCCGAAAUAGUGGGGAGUAUUACCGCGGCCAUGGCACGAGAAUCUGGACAGAGUCAUAGCCAUACCGUUCAUGGUAUCGUGUAUCUCUACGAUAUAACGGAUGUGGAUGGGGUUCUGAGUGGAGAUGAGAAUCUAGAGGUUUUUCAGGCACUGCUUAAGUCUGCUCGUCGGGAAAACGUUGUUGUUGUGACUACGUUUUGGGAUCUGCUGCGGACGCCGGAUGAGGGGGUCCGCACGGAGGUGGAGUUGAGGAAGGUAUAUGAUCAUAUUGCUUGUCUGUGUCGGGUCCAGGAUUCGAGUGAUGGGCAGAGUUAUCGCGUUAUUAUUUGGGAUCUUGUCGGUAGGGUUGUGGGUUUAUAUCGUGCUGAUGGUCUUGAUGAUGAUCCUGCGGAGCCGACUAUCGAGGAAUUGUUUAACGUUGUGAAGGACAAAGAUAACAAGGUGGCAUGUCUGGAGACGGAGCUUCAGACUACAAGGGAGGCUUCCGUUAGACAGCUGCGGGAUGUGCAGCAGAAGGCAACAGAGGAGCAAACGUAUCUCUAUCAACAGCUUCAAGUUGCACUGAGAGAGAUCAGCCAGCUUAAAGAGGACCUUAGUCGCAGCCAAAAGAGUUGUGUAGACGAGAUAAGGAACCUUCGGGAGCAGCUCGACUUCGAACGACGAUGUUCAAAUAACAAACUUCGGGGCUUGGAAACGCAGCGGUCGAGUUUGACCGGGUGUGUUGACGACGAGCUUUGCCAGGAUAUGAUCACAGCGCGCUCUUCUAUGCGAAAGCCCCCACCUCCGAUUCAUUGUUCAAGUGAGCUGACACCUAAACUUAACACUCUCGACGCGAACGGCGAGUUCCCUCUGUAUAAUGCGGCCGCUGGCGGCUGCUAUGACGAUGUCAAGAGAUUGUUAAAGCAGGGAGCAAACCCCUCGAUGAGAACGAGAUUUCAAUGGACGGCGCUGCAUUGGGCUGUUGAGAAUGGUCAUGCAAGAGUUGUCCAACUAUUGCUCGAUCAUGGCGCCGAUAUUAAUGCAGUUUCAGACACAGGGUGUACUCCGUUGAGCAUGGCACGAACCGAUAUGAUGAAGGGUAUACUUCGUCAGCGGGGAGCUAAAUGA